GAUAUCAUACAUUCACACCCACACUAAUCAACAUGGCAGUAAAGUUGACCAAGAUGCAGAAGAAGAUGAAUUACGACGCCAAACUAAGUAAGCUUCUGGAUCACUAUACACAGAUACUAGUGGUUGGUGCGGACAAUGUGGGUUCGAACCAGCUUCAGAACAUACGGCAUGGGUUAAGAGGUGACUCCAUUGUUCUAAUGGGGAAGAAUACUAUGAUGAAGAGGACCAUUAGGCUCCAUGCUGAGAAGACAGGCAACAAGGAUGUCCUCAACCUCGUUCCUCUUCUUGUGGGGAAUGUUGGAUUGGUUUUUACAAAAGGAGAUCUUAAGGAAGUGAGCGAUGUUGUUGCAAAAUAUAAGGUUGCAGCACCCGCACGAGUUGGUCUCAUUGCCCCAAUCGACGUUGUCGUCCCACCGGGAAGCACUGGACUAGACCCUUCACAAACAUCCUUUUUCCAGGUGCUUAACAUCCCCACAAAGAUUAACAAAGGGACAGUAGAAAUCAUAACCCCUGUGGAGCUCAUUCAAAAGGGUGAAAAAGUGGGUUCUUCAGAAGCUGCAUUGCUCACUAAACUCGGACGAAAACCCUUCUCGUAUGGACUGAUCGUUCAGUACGUUUACGAAAAUGGAUCGGUGUUUAGUCCUGAAGUGCUUUACCUCACUGAAGAUGAUCUUGUUGAGAAAUUUGCUGUUGGUCUUUCGCAAGUUGCUGCGUUUUCUUUAGCUGUUAGCUACCCUUCAUUGGCUGCUGCACCACAUAUGAUUGUUAAUGGUUAUAAGAAUGUGUUGUCUAUGGCUGUAGCUACUGAAUACUCCUUCAAACAUGCUGAAAAAGCCAAAGAAUACUUGAAGGAUCCAAGCAAAUUUGAGGCUGCAGCAGCACCAGUUUCUGUGGGUGCAAGUUCAAGUGGUGCACCAGCAGCUGUUGAAAAGGAGCAGAAGGAAGAGCCAGAAGAGUCAUCUGAGGGGGAGGUCGGUUUAAUGGGGUUGUUUGAUUAAAAGUUGGGGAUUUUGGGUAUUCAUGAUUUGUGGUUAUUAGUUUUUUCUAUCAAAUCUGCAUCUUGUAUG